AUGGGGUUCAUCAAACGUUUCCUGAAGCGGCCGUCUUCUUCUGUUGCCCAACAAGGAAGAGACCGUGCAACUGCCCCACUCGAUCCUUCACAGCCCGUUACAGAUCCUAUCACGCCUAGUUUUCCAGACGGUGUUAAAGUUUUACACGACUGUCCUGAUGCUAUUGUGGAUAUUGUCUUUGUUCAUGGCUUAUCAGGAAAUCGCACGAGCACUUGGACCGCAGACGGAGGGGGAGCGGGAGGGGGAGCAGGAGACGGACGAGCUGAACCCUGGCCCAAGACGCUCCUUCCGGUCAAAAUCAACCGAGCCCGAAUACUCACGUACGGAUACGAUGCAUAUAUUGUGUUGAGAUCAGCAAGGGCAGGAGCGAACCGGCUAAUUGACCACGCUACGAACCUCGUCACAGAUUUGACAGCUGACAGGGCGGGUUGCGGUGCCUCGUCUCGCCCUCUCAUCUUCGUCGCCCACAGCCUAGGUGGUCUUGUCUGCAAGGAGGCUAUCCUGAUCUCGCGAGACAACCCGGAACGACGUCGCCAAGAUAUUUUCUUAAAUCUCAAAGGCAUCAUCUUCAUGAGUACUCCUCAUAAAGGGGCCUGGGUGGCUGAUUGGGCUAAGGUGCCCGCUUCUGCUCUCGGCUUGUUCAAGUCAACCAACAAAUCACUUCUCCGGAUUCUGGAAACUGAUGACCAACUGCUUGAGUCUAUUCAACUCAGAUUCUUGGCGAUGGUACGGCAACAGCGUGAAGCAGGAAGAAAGCUUGAGGUCCGGUGCUUUUUUGAGGAGCUGCCUCUUCCUGUAGUUGGAAAAGUUGUGUCUAAAGAGUCAGCUACUUUCGAGGGUUACGACCCGAUCAGCAUCCACGCAAAUCAUAGAGAUAUGGUUAAAUUCUCCUCCGGCGAAGAGAACGGAUUCAAGAGACUUGUCGGGGAGCUAUUAUUUUUGACGUCGGAGAUCGGCGAGAGGAACGAAACGCUUUCACCACGGAGCGAUCUAACCACGGAAGCCAAGGGGAGCAAUGUAUUUACCACCAGACGCCAGGAGAUAAUCGACAACCUUCAGCAGCUCGUCUUCGCCAAUUCAGAUCACCAACGGGUCGCCCUUGUCGGACUAGGCGGGAUGGGUAAAACUCAGAUUGCUCUGCGAAUUGCACAUCUGAUGAAGAAUAAUGAACUUGAACAGAGAAACUACUCAGUCCUCUGGAUCUCCGCCUUCAGCAUGGCCAGUUUUGAGCAAGCGUGUACUGCAAUCAUUAGAGAUUUUGCGAUUCCAAGCGCUGCAGACGAAGAUCCUAAACAAACAGUCCGAGACUUUCUCAACUCUGACAGGGCCGGAAAAUGGUUUCUUAUCAUUGAUAAUGCUGAUGAUAUGGCCAUUUUAUAUGGACCAGAUGAUCAACCAGGCGGAAUCAUCAAUUUCCUUCCCGAUAGUGAGAGCGGGCGUAUCUUGUUCACAACAAGAUCCCGUGAGGUUGCCACCAAUGUCACGGUCAAUAUCCUUGAACUUCCUGAGAUGAGUUUGGCAGAGGCAAAAGACCUUUUAGGGAAAUCUUUAAUUGACAACAAUCAAAUAAAAGAUGGUGGCCUCGUCGACGAGCUUUUGCAGAGGCUCACUCGCUUACCCCUUGCCAUCGCGCAAGCAUCGGCAUACAUGAAUCAGAAAAAGGUGUCAAUCAAGGACUAUAUCCGGCUUUUCCAGAACACAGAUCAGGAUAUGAUAGAGCUAUUGAGGUGCGGGUUUCGUGACGGCAGCCAUUACCAAAGAGACCAGGGCGCGGUCGCCACUACGUGGAUUGUAUCUUUCAACCAAAUUCGCGACACAGAUGAGGAUGCUGCAAGAUUGCUGCAGUUUAUAGCUUGCAUUGAGCCCAAAUCCAUACCUCGAACACUGCUGCCUAGUCUAGGGUCUGAACAAAGGAUGACAAGCGCAGUCGGCACCCUUUGUGGAUACGGUUUCCUAAGUCAACGAGAAGACAGCGCGAUAUACGAUAUGCAUAGUCUAGUGCAUCUGGCCACACAGUUAUGGACUGCAAGUCACGACCCUGAGAGAGAACAGUCACGGGUAGCAACGAGGCACCUCGUUGAGAUCUUUCCAGAUGGUGACUGGGAAGAUCGUGAGCUGUGGCGGCAAUACUUUCCGCACGCUCUAAAAGUCCUUCACGCAACACCGGAAGACCUGAAUGAAGAGAUUUGUGAAUUGGGAUGCCAUGUUAGCGUGUGCCUGCGUCAUGAUGGGCGGAUGAAAGAAGCAGUCGAACUGCUAGAGCGUGUGGUUAUAAUAGAAGAAAAGGGAUCACCAGAAGAUGGCCCUUAUCGACUAUGCUCACAGGCAUUACUCGCAGGAGCAUACAAAGCCUACGGAGAAGUAAAGAAAGCAAUCAAACUGCUUGAGCACGUGGUUACAAUUGAAGGAAAUUUAUUCCCAAAGGAUGACCCAGAUCUAUUGGACUUUCAGCGAGAUCUCGCAGGAGCAUACCAAGACAAUGGAGAUUUAGAGAAAGCAGUCAAACUACUUGAGCAUGUGGUUGCAAUUGUAGAGAAGAAUUUCUCAAAGGAUCACCCAGAUCGAUUAGCCUCACAGCAUCAACUCGCAGGAGCAUACCAUCUCAACGGAGAAAGAGACAAAGCAGUCGAACUGCUAAAGCAUGUGGUUGCAAUUGAAGAGAAGAUAUUACCAGAGGACAACCCGGAUCGAUUAGCCUCACAGCUUCUCCUCGCAAAAGCAUACCGAGAUGAUGGACGGACACAGAAUGCAACCAAACUACUAGAGUAUGUGCUUAGGCCGACCACCCAGAUUUAUUUGACACAUGGUAUACAUACGCAAGAGUAUUAG